AUGAAUAGACGCGCACUCUCUUCAGUCCCCUUCGACCGUAACUUGGGCGACAUAUUGUUGGCUCUUGAUUUGAACAGUCUCUUCAUGAACGAGCUCUACUCGGACGUAGCGUUUAUUGUGGAGGAUCAGCGCCUGCCGGCGCACCGCAUGAUUCUAAUAUGUCGCAGUCAGUACUUCCGUGAACUGCUCUCCGGUGGCAUGUGCGAGUCAGAUGAUCAGAUUUGGCUGGAGGCGCCGCUGGAGGCAUUCAAAGUAAUCCUGCGCUUCCUUUACACUGGCACUCUGCCACUAUCCACACUGGAGGUGGAUGAAAUCUUCAAAGUGCUCGGUUUGGCCAAUAUGUAUGGCUUGGUGGAAGUCGAGGUGAACAUAGACAGUCACCUGCAGAAGAAUCUGGCCGUCAGCAACGUCUGCACAAUACUGGAUACUGCGCGCGUAUUCAAUCUUGUAGAGCUGGCCACGAAAUGCCUAGAUUUCAUGUGCAAAAAAGGAUACUUACUGCUAGAGCACGACUCCUUCCAAACGCUGUCCAAGGAAUUGCUGGAGGAAGUCCUGCAACGGGACACUUUCCUUGCCUACGAAGGGAAUAUCUUUGAAGCGGUGUGCAAAUGGAGUCGCCACAAUCCUUGCGUGGACAUCAAGUCGGUGAUCUCGCUCGUACGUCUCCCUCUGAUUUCUGUCCGAGACCUGAUGCUUGUGGUGCGUCCCUCUGGUAUCUUCGACCCGGAGACAAUACUCGACGCCAUCGAGAAAGCUCUCAGUCCGUUGGAUCUGGAAUUCCGUACCGGGGUUUGUCCAGGCCUAGACCUGGCCUCAAACGAUUGGCAGACUUGUUGCAUGGUCAACAAUAAUGAGACCGUAAUCAAGAUGCCGUUCUGGUGCAUAAUCAAUAACAUUUUAGUCGAAAGUACUCAAAAAAACAUCACGCUCAACUGCACCGUGGAGAUCUCUUGUGACAUGACCAACUGGGAUGGCGUCGGAAAUAUCAAACUUACAGCCUCCGAGCCCCGGCAGGAUAUCCGUUUCAGGAGCCGGCGUGUGCGUUUCAUUCGCAUUGUGCAUCCAAUAAGUGGACGCAAGGACGUCUUAAAUGAAGUGGUGCUCAAAGCCAUUAAAAACACCAAUAUUACAAUAUAA